UCGCCGAACAAGCCGUCGAUCCCCCAGCAGAAGAUCCGACCACUGACCAGCUUGGACCAUCCUCAGAGCCCGUUCUACGACCCCGAGGGGGGGGCCAUCACCCCUCUAGCCAGACUGGUGGUGGAACGCAUCGCCCGGAAGGGGGAACAGUGUAACGUGGUCCCGGACACCAUCGAUGACAUAGUGGCUGAUAUCGGACAGGAGGAGAAGGAGGAAGACGACACACCGGAGACGUGCAUCUACUCGGGCUGGUCUCCGUGGUCGGCCUGCAGCAGCGCCACCUGUGAAAAGGGUCGCCGGAUGAGGCAGAGGAUGCUGAAGGCUCAGCUGGACCUCAGUGUGCCGUGUCCACACACUCAGGACUUCCAGCCGUGCAUGGGUCCGGGCUGCAGCCUGGAGGAGCCGUCCACGUGCAUGAUGUCUGAGUGGAUCAGCUGGUCGGCCUGCAGCGUGUCCUGUGGGAUGGGGAUGAGGUCCAGAGAGCGAUACGUCAAACAGUAUCCAGAGGACGGCUCGCUCUGCCAGCUCCACACCGAGGAGACGGACAAGUGCGUGGUCAACGAUGAAUGCUCUCCCAGCAGCUGUGUGGUGACCGAGUGGGCGGAGUGGGACCCCUGCAGCGCCACCUGUGGGAUCGGCAUGAGGAGACGUGAGCGCAUGGUGAAGAUGCCUCCGAUAGACGGAUCCAUGUGUAAAACCGAGGUGGCCGAGGUGGAGAAGUGCAUGAUGCCAGAGUGCCACGCCAUCCCGUGCAUGAUGUCCCCCUGGUCGGACUGGAGCGGCUGCAGUGUGACGUGUGGCCGAGGCGUCCGAACCCGUCAGAGGAUGAUGAAGUCUGAUCCUGCAGAGUGCACGGAGGAGCUGGAGCAGACGGACAAGUGCAUGUUGCCCGAGUGUCCCCAGGACUGCAUGCUCUCCGACUGGUCCGAGUGGUCCGAGUGCAACAAGUCCUGUGGUAAAGGUCACACCAUCCGAACCCGCAUGGUCAAACUGGAGCCGCAGUUCGGAGGCAGCGCCUGUCCCGAGAGCAUCCAGAGGAAGAAGUGCAAGAUCAGGAAGUGCCGGACAAAAAAAACGAAGGAGGAGAGAGGUGGAGGAGGUGGAGGAGGUGGAGGUGGAGGAGGAGGACAGAGGAGGAGACGGGGGAAACAGGGUAGAGAAGCAGCACUGGAGGAGCAGCCAGGUUGCCGGAUGCAGCCGUGGACCAGCUGGUCGGACUGUUCCAAACCGUGCGGAGGGGGGGUCCAGGAGCAUUUCAUGAUGGCAAAGAAAAGAACAAAGGGCGCUGUGGUGUCCAGCUGUAAGGACCGGAAGGAGAUCCGGGCCUGUAACGUUCAUCCCUGCUAGGGGGCACUACUGAGCUCACAGAGGAGUUGAAUACUCUAGAUCUGAUGAUGGUGAUAUGGGGGGGGGG